GUCUUUAUAAGUCUUCCCCUAAAACUCAAAAACCUAAAAUCCCAAUAACUGUAUCAAACACAGAUACAGAGAACAUGGAGCAACACGAGGACCAGGAGCAAGAGCACGAGGUAUACGGAGGUGAGAUCCCCGACGAGGGAGAGAUGGACGCCGAUGUCGAUAUGUCGUAUAGGUCCGAGGAGCAUGAGGGAAACGAUCCCAACUCUAAGGACCUGGAGGACAUGAAGAAGAGGCUCAAGGAGAUUGAGGACGAAGCCAGUGCUCUCCGCGAAAUGCAGGCCAAGGUUGAGAAGGAGAUGGGCGCUGUUCAAGAUUCCUCAAGUACUUCUGCUACUCAGGCUGAAAAAGAGGAGGUGGAUGCCAGAUCAAUUUAUGUUGGCAAUGUAGACUAUGCGUGCACUCCUGAGGAAGUGCAACAGCAUUUUCAAUCCUGUGGAACAGUGAACAGAGUGACAAUUCUGACAGAUAAAUUUGGACAGCCAAAGGGAUUUGCAUAUGUUGAAUUUGUGGAGAUUGAAGCUGUCCAGAAUGCUGUUAUGUUAAAUGAAACAGAACUGCAUGGUCGGCAGUUAAAGGUUUCGGCUAAGCGGACUAAUGUACCUGGCAUGAAACAGUAUCGGGGAAGGCGACCAAACCCAUUUUUUGGGUUCCGGUCUCGUCGUCCCUACAUUCCUGGGCCCCCAAUUUACCCAUCUUAUGGUUAUGGAAGGGUUCCAAGGUUCAGGCGGCCAAUGCGAUUCAGGCCAUACUAAUAUGUAUGUGUGGUCUGCUGGCCUCAAUAGCGAGAUGAGGUUUGCUGAUGGUUUACAAAUGGUAUUGUCAUUAUAUUUCAGUAACCAAAUUGGACUGACUCAUGUCGCUGAUGGCGAUCUUGAUUUUUCUAGAACCACUAGCCUGCUGGAUAGGAACCAUGGUGGUUGUAUACCGUUGGUAAAAUUGCUUCAUAUGGUUAAAAAGGAGGCAUAUGUGGAAGUGGAAACGAUUUUUAUGUAUUUAUGAAUAUACUUUUGGACAGUUUAAGUUUCUUAAUGUGGGUGAAUUCAUCAUUUGUAAUGGUUUUGUAGCUUAUGACUAUAGAAAGAAUUUGAUUUAUAAAUUAGAAAGUGACGAUUUGUUGCGCAA